AUUCAACGUUUCAUAGUAAGUUAUGAUUUAUCAUAGUUUCAUGAUAGAUCAUUGUUAUCAGAAAUUCAACGUAUCCAAUGAUCGUUGAGGGCGAAGCAAGCCUCAAGUUGAUCGAGUUAGUUUAGCUCGGUGUUGGCAUUUCUGUUCAUAAAAAUUUCACAAACGUUCAGAGUUCAAUGCAGUGGAAUAAAAAUGGCAAAGGGAGCAUCGGCCGCACUCGCGAUACGAUUGGAAAUUGCAAUGCACGCUGAGCUCACAAGUUGACAAGCAUGUUAAAGUAGACAAACCCAUUGUGAACAUCCUUUAGCCAUAGCUAACAAGAAGAACACCUUGCCUGUGCUCUCCUUCCUCUUUCACUGUUUGGUUUGCUUUCUUCUCUCUUCCACGAUCUUCGCUUCUCGCUUCAAAAGAAAAAAAAAAAAAAAAAAAAAAAACAAACAAACGAAGUUCGAAACGAAAGCAGCAAGAGAAGGUAGCAUGGGAAUAAUGUGUGAAAGUAAGUUGAUGAACAGGCAAUAAAAGUUCGAGGAGAAGGAAAGAGAGAAAUUCUUCGUGAGGAAAUAUAGGGAAGACAAGUUGUUUUCUGUUUCUCGGGGUUGCCGCGGUUUCAGGCGUGCUUUAAUGCGAGCUGUGUGUUUUCCUUUGAAACGGAUUUCUAGACCGGUCUGAACGGGGUGAAACCUGCCAUCCCGCCGAGGGAUCAAAAGAGGGCACCUGCCAGACCCCCGAAAGAUAAUCUACGUUUGUCCACGCAGAACAACAAUGUGGAGAGCACCGAUAACGCGAACGCCGAGCCCACGCAACAGCAACUGCACUCCAUCAGAAAAUACCAGGUACGACAUCUUUUUUUUUUUUUUUUUUUUUUCUUUCUCUUUCGUUAGGAAAGUUUUCUCUCAUUCGAUCGUUCGUCUCGUUCGAUAUAGAGGAGAGAAGAUACAUCACGCUUGCAUCUCUUCGCGCUCGUUGCUGCUUCGAAUACCUCGACACGUCUCGAUAGAGAUCGGUGAAUAAUUCAACGUGGAAUUAACGAUGGAUGUUACAGCUCCCUCUUCCCCCCCCCCUCCUUAGUUACGAAUUCUACGUUCUUCUUCAACCGAUUGCACUCGCAGACACGCGAUUGCGUUCGUUCUCUCCGUUGUUACGCAUCGAAAAGUAACGCUUGGAAAGUAACGCUUGUUGUGUAUUUGCAAAUGCGCGAGUUGCAGAGGCGGCGACCAAUUGAAUCUGUUAGAAACACUUUUAGCUUUGAAGAUUAAUUUAAUGACAGGAGAAUGUCGUCCAAUUUCGUCUUGUAUUUAUAUUUAUCAGAUGAACAUU